AUGACUGAAUUGGGUGUAAAUGAAGGUGAAUGUAUGACUGACGCGGACGCUUUAGCAUUUCAGCAAAGACAGUCUCCCGAUAUAUUUGACGUUCCUUACUAUAAAACGCUCGAGAAGUAUAUGCAACUCUUGGGCCAGGAUCCACGUCAAAAGAAUGGGUUCAGGAAUUUUAUAGUAACUGCUGUGGUGAUCAGUAUCACAGGCAACAUUGUACCAACGUUACUAGAGUUAUAUAUCUCCUUAUGUAAUAAGAAUGUGGACGCGGUAAUCGACGUUUUCCCACAUUUUAUGGCAGCUACGAUCAGUGCCAUUAAAAUAUUAAACAUCCAAAUCAACAGACAAAAUUUUAACGAAUUGCUUCGAUUCGUGGCAAAAGAGUGGAAGCAGUUGAAACUAAACAACGAAUUGCAUGUUUUGGAUGAAACCCUUAUUCAAGGCAACAAAAUGGCACAAUUGUAUCGAAGAUCUUUAUUGUCCGCUUUGGUAUUGUUCCUGUUGAUCCCACUAAUUUCUCCGAUUAUGGACAUCGUUCUUCCAUUAAACAAAACUCGUCCACGACAACAACUGCUCAAAAUUAAUUACAUAAUUUUUGACGACGCGGACUAUUUUUUCUACGUAUAUAUACAGUUAGCCUGGAGUUCAAUCAUGGUUGUUGUAACCAUAAUUUCUGUAGAUUCGUUAUACAUCCUUCUAAUUCAUCACAGUAGCGGAUUGUUUGCUGUGUGUGGACACCGAGUGCAAAAUGCAACAAAAAAUUCCAAUGCCAGCCAAGUUGUUUCAGGAAAUUACAAAUACGAACAGAUUAGAAAUUGCAUAAUCAUCCACGAUGAAGCUAUCCAGUUUUAUAAUAUUCUAAAUGAAAGCAGUCGAAAUACUUAUUUGAUUCAAGUUGGAUUAAAUAUGUUAAUAAUCAGCGCAACAGCUGUGCAAGCAAUGAUGAAUUUGGACACCCCAGAAGAAGCAAUUAGAAGCUUAGUUUUUUGCGGGGCCAAUCAGUUUCAUUUAUUUGUGCUCAGUUUACCUGGACAAGUGCUGCUGGAUCAUUGUGCUAAACUAGCAAAUAAUAUAUAUAAUUCCACAUGGUAUGGGGCACCCGUGCAAAUUCAAAAAAUACUUUACGUAAUGCAAAUAAGAAGUGCAAAACCAUGUAGAUUAACGGCAGGCGGACUGUAUGAAAUGAACAUAGAAAAUUUCGGAGUGACCUUCAAAACGUGCAUGUCCUACAUUACGAUGUUAAUGUCGCUAAAAUGA